GUUGUAGCGGAUGACUGCUUUGAGUUGGGUCGUGUGGCCUAUCACGACUUAGACUAUUACCAUACAUCGCUGUGGAUGGAGGUGGCCCUCAGUAAACUAGACAAGGAAAUCAACAAGACUGUCCAUCGUAAGGACAUCCUUGACUACCUCUCCUUUUCUGUGUACAAAGAAGGAAACCUGAAUUAUGCCCUGACAUUGACAGAGGAACUACUGACUCUAGCCCCUGAUAACACCCGUGCCCAGAACAACAAACGCUACUACAAAAAGAUGCUAAAUGACCGUGCCAUUGAAUCACAUCAACUUGCGAGUCAGCGGGGCGAGAUUGGGGUGGAGGAUACAGAGGAGGAAAUCAAACAUGAGCGCAAACUUGACGACUACCGUAACUCAGAGGAGUUUGCCACUUACGAAAAACUCUGCCGGGGAGAAGAUACUCAGGUUAGUGUAAACUGGGCAAGUAUCCUGUUUUCUGAGUUAGCAACCCCUAGGCUGAAUACAGCAACAGUUCGAAAUCCUCAGACAGGAGUGAUAGAAACAGCCAGUUAUAGAAUCAGCAAAAGUGCCUGGUUAAAAGAUGAAGAUGACCUUGCUAUAAGGCGAGUAAACAGUAGAAUUGAAGCAGCCACUGGCUUAGACAUGUCAACUGCAGAAGAUUUACAAAUUGCUAAUUAUGGCCUUGGUGGACAUUAUGAGCCUCAUUUUGAUUUUGCCAGGAAAGAAGAAAAACAUGCAUUCAAGAGUUUAGGAACCGGGAACAGGAUAGCAACGUGGCUCACCUACAUGAGUGACGUCAAAGCUGGAGGAGCUACAGUGUUUCCUUACAUUGGGGUUAAAAUCUUCCCUGAAAAGGGUGGAGCAGCAUUCUGGUACAACUUAUAUAAGAGUGGGGAAGGUAUAUAUGACACACGACACGCUGCAUGUCCUGUGCUGGUCGGAACCAAAUGGGUAUCUAACAAAUGGAUUCAUGAAAAAGGCCAGGAGUUCCGGCGGCGAUGUGGUCUCAAUCCUGAUGAGUAACAGAAAUGGAAAUGAAGCAUUUGUGUUGUGUCACCGUCAUGAUUACCUCACGUCUCCAUUGGCCCAUUCAUCAUCAUUCAUCAGUAUUUAUAGAGUAUCGCAGAUAAUGUACCCAAAUUUAUGUUCUUCUGAACUCAACCCAAAACAGAUGUUCACACAUGUAAAUGAUGUAGAUGUUUUGUAUGUACAUGGUGUUUUGUAUGUACACAGUGUUUUGUAUGUACAGUGUUUUGUA